AUCUGAUUGAGGAGACUAUUGCAUCGGACGUUGUCUUCAGUUAAGGUGAACGUCAAACCUCACAGAAUCGACUGACAUUUGUCUGGACUUAAUUUUGAUCCAUCUAUAGGCUGUCUUGAUUGACUCUUGCACAGGUGUUGAGUCACGCUGUCCUGAUGAACUGUGACCGAAUCUAAUGCGCUGAGUAGGCUAUGUGCUCGUAAAGAGUCUGAAGUGACUCAUUUUGGAUCAUUUUGGAACUGGACUACCAGACACUCGAGACGGGACGUGAUGAUGAUGAUUAUGCCGCGGAUGCAUUUAGGAGAGAUUCCGAUCCUCACAACUUCUUUAUUCAUUAUGCGCAAUGUAACUUUGUCAGCGAGAUGUAACCCAGAAUAAACGGCCAGCUUUGAAUGAAUGCUCCGUAUUUUUAAACCUGGGAUUCUUCUUUUAUCCUGUUCAACAGACGUUCUCGUACACCUCGCAAGGAUGCCCGAUGUCCUUGCUCUUUACAUUGGCAUGGAGGUGCUCAUUGCCCUUUCUUCUGUUAUUGGCAAUGUGAUGGUGGUCUGGGCUGUGAGAAUUAACCGAUCUUUACGGGACACGACCAUUUACUUCAUCGUCAGUCUGGCGCUGGCGGACAUUGCGAUCGGAGCACUUGUUAUCCCUCUGGCUAUAACCAUAAGCAUCGGAUUGAAAACUCAUUUUUACAGCUGUCUGCUUGUGGCAUGUACUGUACUGGUACUAACUCAAAGUUCAAUACUUGCCCUCCUGGCUAUUGCUAUUGAUCGUUAUCUGAGAGUCAAGAUACCAAUGAGCUAUAAAAGAGUGGUGACUCCUAAGCGUGCAGGCACAGCUGUUGUGGUGUGCUGGAUGGUGUCCAUUGUAGUCGGCCUGACGCCUAUGUUGGGCUGGAACAAUCUGGAGAAGCUACGGCAGACCAACGGCACUCUAGGAGCUGACCUUCUUGUAACCUGUGAGUUUGAGAACGUCAUCAGUAUGGAGUAUAUGGUCUAUUUCAACUUCUUCGGCUGGGUACUGCCACCUCUCGUUCUCAUGUUGCUAAUCUACGCUGAGAUAUUCUACAUGAUCCACAAGCAGCUUAAUAAGAAAGUCACUACCAACCAGACCGACCCUACUCGAUAUUACGGAAAAGAACUAAAGCUGGCCAAAUCUCUUGCCCUGGUGCUUUUUUUGUUUGCUGUUAGCUGGUUGCCUUUGCAUAUCCUGAAUUGUAUCACUCUCUUCUGCCCUAAUUGUGACAAUUCCAUGUACAUGCUCUAUAUUGCUAUCUUACUCAGUCAUGGCAACUCUGCCGUCAAUCCCAUUGUUUAUGCGUUUCGCAUUAAAAAAUUCCGGAAUGCUUUCGUUAAGAUCUGGAAACAGUACGUGUGCUGCACGGAGGUUACACGUUUGGAUGAUCGGCCCAGCCUUCGAAGAGAUAGCAAAGAGAGAAGACUGCGACACAGCGACAUCUGACUAAACACUAAACAUGGUUUCUAGAUGAGAUUUUUUUUUUUAUCUAUUAUUUUAGAUGAAUUCUUCAAGAAAUGCAGUCUGAAAAGUAUGCUGGCAGUUGCCAGAACUCAGAAGUCAUAUGCUAUUGCAAUGGAGAAAAGUGGAUGUGACAUUAGUGGAAGUGUUUCCUUGAAAAAUUCAGUUUUCCAAUCAAUGGUGCACAGAAUAAAUGGCAUCAUUAGUGAGAGACCAUUAAAUAAAUGAAAGUGGCCUCUUUCAGAGAAAUAGCCACAUGGUCCAAUUGGCACUCACAUCUGUGGAAAAAAUAUUUGUAAUGUUCAUUGUGUUCUGACUCACACAUUUUAAUAUGGCUACCAUAAAAGAAAGAGCUUUAUGUAUUGACAGCAAAAGAGCUCACAAAGUUUCAAAGCUGGCUUGAGAUGACAACCAACUUCACCACUAUUUUGCUAAGUCAGUUGCAUAGCAGUCUUCUCAUAGAGAGGGACACUUACCUUAAAAAAAGGACUAUGUUUUUUUUUUUUUUGCUUUUCAAGACUGGUGCAAGUCCUCAGUUUUCAGAGAGGG